AGAUGUGUGCUUCUGCGCAUGCGUGCAGUCUGGAGAGCUAGCAGGUAAAGAAAAGGAGCGAUGGCGUCCGCUGCGAUGGAUACAACGUAAAUAAAUAAGGAGCGCUCACGGUACGGUCGGUGCAUGCUCGUGUGUCACUCACGGUUCUUUGUAGACGUAAAAAAUAAAUAAAAAAACAAGUGUGUCAUUAUGGCGACGGGGAGCGGCGGCAGCAGCGUCGUCGGCGGCGGCUUAGCCUCAAACCAUGACGGUCAGGAGGCUGCGUCCAACCCGGUCCAGUCUGGAGCCGCGGCGGUGCUCUCCAACGUACCAGCCUCCGGUCCUGCCCGGUCCGCUUCCCCGCCUGUCCUCGGCCUUCACCGGGAGCCCAUGUACAACUGGCAGGCGACGAAGAGCUCCCUGAAGGAGCGCUUCGCCUUCCUCUUCAACAACGAGCUGCUCAGCGACGUCAGGUUCGUGGUCGGGAAGGGCAGACAGGCCCAGAGGAUACCGGCCCAUAAAUUCGUGCUGGCCGCCGGCAGUGCCGUUUUUGAUGCCAUGUUCAACGGAGGGAUGGCCACAACCUCGACUGAAAUAGAGCUACCCGACGUGGAGCCCGCAGCCUUCCUCGCCCUGCUCAGGUUCCUAUAUUCUGACGAAGUCCACAUCGGUCCAGAGACUGUGAUGACGACUCUGUACACGGCUAAGAAGUACGCCGUCCCUGCUCUGGAGUGUCACUGCGUGGAGUUCCUCACCAAACACCUCAGAGCUGACAACGCGUUCAUGCUCCUCACUCAGGCAAGGUUAUUUGAUGAGCCUCAACUUGCCAGUCUUUGCUUAGACACCAUAGACAAAAGCACUGCGGACGCAAUAAACGCAGAGGGCUUCACAGACAUUGACCUCGACACCUUAUGUGCAGUGCUACAAAGAGACACACUCAGCAUCAGGGAGAAUCGUCUGUUUGGGGCGGUGGUACGCUGGGCAGAGGCCGAGUGUUACAGACAACAGCUUCCCCCGACCUCCGAGAACAAACAGAAGGUUCUGGGUAAAGCCCUCCCACUUAUUCGCUUCCCGCUCAUGACUGUCGAGGAGUUUGCUGCAGGGCCUGCCCAGUCUGGAAUAUUGUUCGAUCGGGAGGUGGUAAAUCUGUUUUUACACUUUACAGUAAACCCCAAACCACGGGUCGACUACAUUGACAGGCCUCGCUGCUGCCUCAGGGGGGAGGAGUGCAGUAUUAAUAGAUUCCAGCAGGUUGAGAGUCGAUGGGGGUACAGUGGUACCAGCGACAGAAUCAGAUUCAAUGUUAACAGAAGAAUAUCGAUAGUGGGUUUUGGCUUGUAUGGUUCAAUACACGGACCCACUGACUAUCAGGUCAACAUACAGAUCUUAGAGAGCGACAAACGCAUCACACUGGGGCAGAACGACACCGGUUUCAGCUGCGACGGCACAGCGAACACGUUCAGAGUGAUGUUCAAAGAACCCGUGGAGAUCUUACCCAGUGUCAGCUACACUGCAUGUGCCACGUUAAAGGGCCCUGACUCCCAUUAUGGCACGAAAGGGUUGAAGAAAGUGACCCAGGAAUCAGCAACGGGGACCAAGACGACCUUUUUCUUUUUUAGCUCACCUGGAAAUAACAACGGUACGUCAGUGGAGGACGGGCAGAUACCAGAGAUCAUCUACUACACCUAGACUUAACACAGUGUCAUGCAGGUACACUGAACCAGGGAGACCUCAGACUGCUGGGAAUACUGGACUGCUGGAGAUAUACGUAGUGCCUCAUGAUCGCUUGGAAUAAAGAGAGAGAGAGUGUGUGUGUGUGUGUGUGUGUGUGUGUGUGUGUGCGUGUGCAGACAUGAGCAGGAAUGUGGAGAAAACCACAGCUCUGUAUGAAAAAGAGCAUAAACUCUAUCAUCAGUUGUAAAUGAUCUAAAUACCGAUGUCUUGUCUGUGUGUUAUCAGCUGCCAGUGCAGGAACUUAUCCUGCCCGAGUGAAACUAUAGAAACGCUACCAUUGGAUGGCUGACGCCAUCUCAUCGUUAUUUUGUACGUUUUUGCUGAUGUAUUUACCGGAAAUAUAAUAUUUGCAUAUUUUUUUGUAUUGUGCACUGUUAUCAUUUAUUCAGCAGGUGUCUUCAAGUACUUUGUUUUUUGCAUUGUAUUAAGAUCCAUUUGUGUGUUAUGUAACUUUGUCAGUGGUACAUGUUGUAAUUUAUGACUUCAUGUUUGCUUAGCACGUCAUUAAAAUGUUGAAAAAAAAGAAAAAAAAAGGAGAAACAACGUUCCAUGACUUUUAUGGUGAAAUAAAUGGAGGGAAAAGUCUAUUUUUAGCUUUUUUGGCAAUAAAAUGUGGUAAGACCAAAA